UGCAAUAUCUUUGUAUCAAAAUUUGAAGAGCAGUAAUUAAAGGACCACACUCAUUAAAACAGCAGGAACUGGUAAUGACGUUGGAAGACUUACAAGUUUUGCCAGAGGGUAGAUUCCAACCUAAGCGGUGAUGAGAGAUGUAGUCAUACACAAUAAUCAGUUCCUCCACUGAGUAUAUGCAGGUUGCUGUUUGUUCAUGUAUUCAAAUAUGAGCCAUAAACGCUUCCCCUAAUCUUCAUUAUGCUUUUGUUCCCAAAUCCUGUUACAAUAUCACAGUAUUCUCUUUUUCUUUCUUUCUUUUUGACCUCACAGGGAAAGCACUUCGGUCCAAUGGCAGAAAAAGAGCUGACAGACUGGAACAGCGGUCUCUUUGACUGCUUUGAGGAUAUGAAGAUAUGUUGUUAUGGUUUCUGGUGCAUGCCCUGCCUUGCCUGCACCGUUUCAAGAAAGUUUGGAGAGCAUCAGUGUCUGCCCUUAUAUGAUGUGUGCGGUACUGCCCUCCUCGUUAUGUUUGGGAUACCUAUGAUUGUUCCUCCGGCAGCCUUGUCUAUGAGAGCUGCCAUGCGAACCAAAUAUGGCAUUAAGGGCUCCCUCUGUGAAGACGUGCCCAUUUCAUGCUUCUGUGUGGGGUGCUCCUGGUGUCAAAUGUACCGUGAGGUGAAACAUCGAGAGAAAGACCCUGUAGUCAUCAACAUGGUUAAUCAAACUGUCGUCAGCAUGCAGCCUACCCAAGCAGCCGGCAUGCAGCAUCACCCUUCUGUCCACAUGCACCAGGGCCCUGCAGUCAACCUGCAGCAUCACCCUUCUAUCGACAUGCACCAGGCCUCUGCAGUCAACAUGCAGACUGCUGCUGUCAACAUGCAGGCUGCUGCUGUCAACAUGCAGGCUUCUGCGGUCAAUAUGCAGAAUUAUGAUGUGAUGAUGGUGCCUACAAACCCUCCCCCAGCUGGUUUUAAAACCCAAGACGGUGUCUUUAUGAUAUCAAACUGA